GUCGUUAAUAAAUCUCCACCCGCCUUCUCCUACUUCCGCUCGGCGGCUCUUGCAGCUCGCUCGCCCUCAAAUCUCCUUAAAAAAUCGCUCAUUGACCCUGCUCCUGCACAGAUUUGCAGGGGAGGGGAGGGGGGCAAGAAAUGGGGAUGAAAUGGCACGUCGUCGCGGCGCUGGGCGUGGCCUGCACUGUGGCCGCCGACAGGGGGCUCUCGUUCGCCGGCGCCACGGCGCCGCCGGAGGAAGCGAGCUACGACCUGCGCAAGCUGGCCAGCUCCCUGUGGCAGAGUGACGGAACCGCCUACCACCACGUGUGGCCGCCCAUGAAACUGGGAUGGAAAAUUGUGUUGGGGUCGUUCAUUGGAUUCUUCGGAGCAGCGUUCGGCAGCAUCGGCGGUGUAGGUGGCGGCGGGAUCUUCGUGCCGAUGCUGACCCUGAUCAUUGGCUUUGAUCCCAAGUCGUCUGCGGCGAUGUCAAAAUGUAUGAUCAUGGGGGCUGCUGUGUCAACCGUGUACUGUAACCUCAAGCUGAAGCACCCAACUUUGGACAUGCCAGUGAUAGACUAUGAUCUAGCCCUGCUCAUACAGCCCAUGCUGAUGCUAGGGGUCAGCAUUGGGGUUAUCUGCAAUGUGAUAUUCCCUGACUGGCUUGUCACAGUCCUCUUAAUCAUUCUCUUCAUAGUUACUUCAACUAAAGCUUUUCUGAAGGCUGUCGAAACAUGGAAGAAAGAGACGAUAAUCAUAACGGAGACCGCAAAACAAUCAGAGCAAACAAGUGAACAACAGGAGUACAUGCCGCUGUCUGAAGGACUUGACGCCGCAUCUCAGUCUGAAAUUUUGUCAGAUCAUGAUCAAAAUGAAACCCCAUCAGACGAAGCGGUAUCCAUUUGGAAGAAUGUUUACUGGAAGGAGGUUGGCCUUCUUGCCUUCGUUUGGGUAGCAUUCCUUGCGCUUCAGGUCACUAAGAACUACAUGGCAACUUGCUCCAUCUGGUACUGGGUUCUGAACUUACUCCAGAUCCCAGUGUCUGUUGGGGUGGCCAUGUACGAGGCAGUAGGUUUGGUGCAGGGGAGGAGGGUGAUAUCAUCAAAGAGGAAUGAGCAGAACAGCCUGAGAGCUCACCAGCUAUUGGUAUACUGCUUCUUGGGCGUCACCGCUGGUGUCGUCGCCGGUCUGCUUGGCGUCGGUGGGGGCUCCAUCAUGGGGCCUCUCUUCCUGGAGCUCGGCGUCCCUCCGCAAGCCGCAAGUGCCACCGCCACCUUCGCGAUGAUGUUCUCAUCUUCCAUGUCCGUCAUGGAGUACUACCUCCUGAACCGGUUCCCCGUGCCAUAUGCUGUCUACUUGACCAUCCUGGCAUUUUUCGCUGCAAUCGUCGGCCAGAGGGUUGUGAGGAAGCUAAUUGAUCUGCUAGGACGGGCGUCGAUCAUCGUCUUCAUAUUGUCCUUCAUGAUCUUCAUCAGCGCGCUCUCUCUAGGCGGAGUCGGCAUCUCCAACACGAUCCACAAGAUCGCGCGGCAUGAGUACAUGGGAUUCGAGAACAUCUGCAAAUACGAGGCGUAGAAAUCCGUAGCCUGUGGGCGUACACGAACAGCGUGAUGUAUUGUGCAGUAUCAGUGGACUUUGGAAAUGUCAAGGUGACCAAAGGCUUGGAGCUCAGGAUUCCAUCGGGUGGUUUAACAAGGUGAACAAUGCUUGGAGUAUUCCAAAGUCCAUGUAAAUUGCAAAUUGUAAGAGCUAAACUGUAAAUUGUGAAUUGUUACAAGUAAAGUGUUCGAAUUUAGAUUUUAAUCC